CCACCACCACCAAUAUAACAAUACCCCUCUAGAUUUCUAACUCCACGCCUCCUACAGGAAUCACCACCACCACCACCACCACUAUGCUACGUUGGCUCCUCUCCAUCUGCCUACUCGGCGUGGCUCUCGCUUCUGUACAGCACAUGGAGGUCAACUAUUCGUUCGGGGACGACACAGUCACCAUGGAUGUAACAGUUGACGCCGACAACAACAUCAUCCAUUAUUACAUCCCUGAAGAUGAAUAUUUCGAAGAGGUGGAGACGAUCGAUGACUUUUAUGCGGGUUACUCGGCUGUCAAGGUGAAAACUGACGAAGCUUGUUACGUGCAGCCGCUCGACACUACCCUGGAGGAGAGAGUAUACUUGAUUAAGAACAACCCCGAACAGAUCAUCGAGGGAUCUAUCAACAGCACGUCAGUACUCCUCAGUGACGACGAGCUGGAGGACCUCAGCGACCGCGUGGUCGACUUCUGCGACGGCUACCCCAUCUACGAAGUGUUCUUCGAGUCAACCAGGGACGAUUCCAGCGAGGAAGACUCUAGCGAAGAAUCCCAAGAUUCCAGCGACGAAUCCCAAAAUUCCAGCGACGAAUCUCAAGACUCUAGCGACGAAUCCCAGGAUUCCAGCGACGAAUCUCAAGACUCUAGCGACGAAUCCCAGGAUUCCGAAGAGGAAGACGAGGAGGUGUUCACUAGGUCACCAGGUCACCGUCAAGUAGCCGUAACAUUUAGAAAAUGUGUGAUUCUUUUCUUCAUUCAAAAAUGUUGCGAGACAACCCUCACCAUUCCCACCGGCUCUUCUAUUACUUUCCUUUGGCUCUUCGGUGUUAGCAGGCGCCCAUUCGAAUAUUUCCUGGUGCUACUAUUGCGACCUGAGCACAUCUGCCUUCACACUUCAGGAACCACCACCACCACCACCACCACUAUGCUGCGUUGGCUCCUGUCCAUCUGCCUUCUCGGCGUGACUCUUGCCUCUGUACAGCACAUGGAGGUCAACUAUUCGUUCGGGGACGACACAGUCACCAUGGAUGUAACAGUUGACGCCGACAACAACAUCAUCCAUUAUUACAUCCCUGAAGAUGAAUAUUUCGAAGAGGUGGAGACGAUCGAUGACUUUUAUGCGGGUUACUCGGCUGUCAAGGUGAAAACUGACGAAGCUUGUUACGUGCAGCCGCUCGACACUACCCUGGAGGAGAGAGUAUACUUGAUUAAGAACAACCCCGAACAGAUCAUCGAGGGAUCUAUCAACAGCACGUCAGUACUCCUCAGUGACGACGAGCUGGAGGACCUCAGCGACCGCGUGGUCGACUUCUGCGACGGCUACCCCAUCUACGAAGUGUUCUUCGAGUCAACCAGGGACGAUUUCAGCGAGGAAGGCUCUAACGAAAACCUCAAGAUUCCUACGAUGAAGGUUCCAGUGAAGAAGCUCCGGAUUCCAGUGAUGAAUCUGAUUUCAGCGAGGGAGACUCUGAGGUCAUUAGGAUGUCGCCAAGUCACCGUCAAGUUUCCGUAAAAUUCAGAAAGUGCGUGAUUAUGUUUUGGUGUCAACAAAAAUGCUUUACAACUACCCUCACCAUUCCCACCGGCUCUUCUAUCAUUUUCACAUGGCUCUUCGGAUAAUACACUAACAGCACCUGAUCUAUCAUCAUCUGUUCCAACAAUGACCACAUCUUGAAUAUUUACAUUACUGCCUGGUUUUCUCACUUCGGUCCCUCGGAUGUGCACCCAUUAUAUUCAAUAAAGGUAAUGCAAAAG